AUGGCUGGGAGACUUCUUUUGCUGGGACUUCUUCUCAUCUGUGUGGCCGCAGACAAAGGAGCACAGAGAAGGCCAUCCUGUCCAUAUCCUGAUGGGCUUAUAGCAUGCCCCAUGAAUUUGGCCCCUGUGUGUGGCAGUGAUGGCGAAACAUAUGCCAACGAGUGUACCCUUUGUGUACAAAGACAGUAA